AUGGCCCUCUACAUUUUGCUUAUCACGAAGAUUCUUCUGAAUCGCCGUCGGAUUAAAGUUUUCGCCUCCGCUUUCUUUGAUUUGAUUAUAACGGAGUUCAUAAAUGAUUUGAUCUAUUGGAUAUUCAUUCAAUUUGGACUGAGAUUUCCUCGAUAUUACAUCUUGCCGUUCACUUCUAGCGCUAUUGGAACAAUGUGCUACGGUAUGAUGCUAACAUUUCGAGGGGUCCUUUAUUUGGGCCACAUCCCGUUCGCGUUGAAUCGCUUGAUUCUAUACAUCUCACCAGUCAUGUACAGAAGUAUGUGGACAAGAAAGACAGUCCUUUUGUGUUUCGCGAUUCAAUGGUUUAUCGCACUUUCCGUGAAUAUUCCUUUUUUCUUGACUGUUGGCGGGGCGACGAUGAAAGUGAUGCCGACAACGAUGUUGAUGGCCGGGAAUACGGCUGCUGUACAGAUGAACACCAUUCAAGCCCUCACUAUCAUCCCAAUUUCGACGGUCAUUUGCUCGAUUUCUUUCGGCAUUUCUCUCAAGAUCAGUGCGCAAGUAAAAAGCGUAUCAAAACUCGAGAGAAGACUCCUGAUUUGCUCAAUUUUACAAGCGAUUCCUAUGUUGUUAGAGUUGGGAAGAAGUACCACACAGUUCUUACUCGUUUCCGUUCUCAACAAUCAAGCCGCCUACAGUUCCACGGCUGAAACUUUAUAUUAUUACAUGGACAUCACUUGUACCAUUCAACCGUGGUGCCUUUUGGCGACAAACUCGAACAUUCGCCGACUCUUGUUCUCCACCAAAUCACAACAAAUAGAGACGGUAAUGGAGAGUCAAUUUUGGAGA